AUGGCCCCGAUCGACCCACACUCCUUCACGGACUCCACCCACCCUCUCACCACCCACAUUUCCCUCUCCUUCUACUUCGAUUUCUCCUCCUCCACGAUCCUCUCCUCCGCCGUCCUUUCUCUCUCCUCCCCUCACUCCGGCCCCCUCACCCUCGAUUCCCGCUCGCUCGCCGUAUCCGCCGUCUACGACCCCGCCACCAUGGCCCCACUUCCCUUCACCUUCCACCCCGCCUCACCAGACGCCGUCCUCGGACAAUCCCUCGUCGUCACACUCUCCAACCACUCCCAGCUGCUGAUCGUGUUCAAGACCUCCCCAUCUUCCUCCGCCCUGCAGUGGCUAUCGCCGCCUCAGACUUUCAACAAGUCAUUCCCCUUCGUCUACACCCAGUGCCAGUCCAUCCACGCCAGGUCCAUCUUCCCCUGCCAGGACACGCCGGCCGCCCGCAUCAGGUAUAGCGCAAGACUCAACAUCCCUCGGUAUUUGUCGGCUGUGAUGUCUGCCAAACACAUCGGCAGGCGGGACCCGCUCCCUGGCGAGUCCGGGGGCUCGUGCGAUGACUCACUGUGGUGCGGUGAGGAGAGAGUUGUUGAGGAGUUUGAGAUGGAGCAGCCCGUGCCUCCGUACCUUUUCGCGUUUGCUGUUGGGGAGUUGGGAUUCAGGGAGGUUGGGCCCAGGACGAAGGUAUACUCAGAAGCGGCCCCAGGUGUCUUGGAUGCUGCUGCAAGAGAGUUUGCAGGGACGGAGGAGAUGAUCAAGGUGGGGGAGGGAUUGUUUGGGCCGUACGAGUGGGAAAGGUUUGAUUUGUUGGUUUUGCCGCCGAGUUUCCCGUAUGGCGGAAUGGAGAAUCCGAGGAUGGUGUUUUUGACGCCAACAGUGAUUAAGGGGGACUCCACUGGUGCACAGGUCGUGGCCCAUGAGCUAGCUCAUAGCUGGACUGGAAACUUGAUUACUAACAAGACAAAUGAUCACUUCUGGUUGAAUGAGGGUUUUACAACAUAUGCUGAGAGGCGGAUAGUAGAGGCUGUCCAAGGGAAACAGAGAGCUGCACUGAAUAUUGGAAUCGGUUGGAGAGGACUUGUCGAGGCAGUUGAGAGGUUUAAGGAUAACAUGGAAUUCACAAAACUAAAAACCAAUCAGCAAGGAGUAGACCCAGAUGAUGUAUACUCUGAUGUGCCUUACGAAAAAGGCUUCCAGUUUUUGUGGCGCAUUGAAAGACAAAUUGGAAGGCCCGCGUUUGAUGAAUUCCUAAAAAAGUAUAUCGCCACGUUCAAAUUCCAGUCGAUCGACACAGAUAUGUUUCUCGAUUUUUUAAAAGCAAAUAUUCCUGGAAUAGAACAACAUAUUGACUUAAAACUAUGGACUGAGGGUACCGGCUUGCCUCCGGAUGCAAUGGAGCCUGUCUCGGAUAUUUAUACAAAGAUUGUAUCACUAGCAAAUGAAUUCAAGGUGGGCCGGAUGCCGAACGAGGAUGAAGUUGCUGACUGGGGAGGAAUGGAGUGGGAGCUUUACUUGGAAAACUUGCCGAAAUCUGUUGAUGCUUCACAGGUAUCAGCUCUGGAUGCACGAUACAGGCUUUCUGAAUCAAAAGAUUACGAGGUGAAGGUGGCAUUUUUACAGCUGGCAAUCUCAUCCGGGUGCAGCAAUUACUAUAACGAGGUGGAGAAGACUCUCAAGGAAGUGGGGAGGAUGAAAUACCUUCGCCCCCUCUACCGAGCUCUGGUUUUAGGCCCUGGUAGAGAGGAGGAGAAGAUAUUCGCCAAAAGGGUUUUCUCGGAGGCUUGUGCUUGUUAUCACCCGAUAGCUCAAGGGGUCGUCGAGGCUAUUCUUGCCAAACACAUGUAG